GGCCGAAAGGUCCAUCAACUGGCCCAAUAUGGUCCUCUCGACCCAAAUUGGGGAAUAAAACCUCAAAACCCUAUCUUUCGCAGCUCUCCACCGCCGUCGAAGACCAGAGCUCGAUCGCAAGCAGACGCAGAGCCAGCAGCAGCAGCAAUGGGGAUCGAUCUGAAGGCAGGAGGGAAGAGCAAGAAGACCAAGCGCACCGCUCCCAAGUCCGAUGAUAUCUACCUCAAGCUUCUCGUCAAGUUGUACCGUUUCCUCGUCCGGAGGACGGGAAGUAAGUUCAACGCGGUCAUCUUGAAGCGUUUGUUCAUGAGCAAGGUCAACAAACCGCCGCUAUCCCUCUCUAGGCUCAUCCGAUACAUGCAAGGGAAGGAAGAUAAGAUUGCUGUGGUGGUAGGGACUGUUACUGAUGACAUCAGGGUCUAUGAAGUGCCCGCUAUGAAGGUGACUGCCCUGAGGUUCACCGAGACAGCUAGGGCUAGGAUUGAGAAGGCAGGUGGCGAGUGCUUGACAUUCGACCUGCUUGCUCUCCGCGCUCCUCUGGGACAGAAUACGGUUCUCCUCCGAGGCCCGAAGAAUGCUCGUGAAGCAGUGAAACACUUUGGUCCGGCACCUGGUGUUCCCCACAGCCACACCAAACCAUAUGUGCGCUCCAAGGGGAGGAAGUUUGAGAGAGCUAGAGGAAAGAGGAACAGCAGAGGAUUCAGGGUUUGAGUGUUAUCCUAUACCGGUGAGGCUGCUUUUUCUCAUUUUUGAACCUUUCCAAGUUUUGCAAGGGCUGUUAGAACGUGCCAGUUCACUUUUAAUCGAGUGUUGGACUAUGUAAUUUUUAUUGUUAGUUGAUUGCAGACUCGGUGUUAUUAUAUGGUUCUCUAUUGGCAGUUAUUGAAACCAGUUCCUUUCAA